AUGAACUGGCGAAAGCGACUAGGUGUUUCCAUUAUUUUUGGGUUUGGUUUGCUGGCUUGUAUCUCUGCCGCUUUCCGACUCGAAACCACGGUCAAGCAUGGAAAGGCCGCCGAUGCAAUUUGGACGUUAGCUCCAUUGGCAUUCUGGGCGACCGCUGAAAUGACCUGUGGAUUUUUCAUUGUUUCUCUUCCAUGCAUUCCAAAGAUUCUCAAGGAGACUGGAGCAGCGGAUCGGUUAAAGAAAAUGUUCGGCGUAUCGGCUGUCAACACAUCGCAACGAAAUUGGCCGAGCGAACCAUCAAGCUACAAGGCCAACCGGGGCAGACUCGGUGGUACUACGGGUAGCAACGAUUACUACCAGCUCGACCCUCUCAAGUCAACUGCUAGUGAAUCUACAGAGUACCUGCACAAGGAUGGUGAUGAAGCUGGACUCACUGGGGUGGCUCCUAAAAUCCGGGAGGCGUUGGACGACCAUGAGUUUGUGUUUAUCGAUGGCACUAUUCUCACCGAGCCUUUUGAAGGAUCUGCUAUCAUAACAGAAAACUCGGAGUCCUACGGAUAUAUGCCGGCUGUUUUCACGGCAGCUAGUCAAGGCCAAGACUUAGUGAGCAGAUUGGUGGACUAUAUCCACACUCAGGGGCCAUUUGAUGGAGUAAUGGGUUUCUCGGAAGGUGGUAUUAUAGCAGCCAUGCUACUUAUUGAAGAUGCUCGCCAUUCCUUUGCGGAGUUCAAAUGUGGCAUAUUCUUUAGUGCGGCUUUACCUUUGGAUCCUGAUGUGGUUCGCACGGGAGUUCUGCGAUGUAUUAACCCAGAUACCGAUGGAAUUCUUCUGCACGUGCCUACGGCUCUCAUAGUGGAGGAGAAUCUCGUUCGCUUGCGAGAUCGCUCGCCACUGGCGCCCUUUUGGUACCAAGAGGAUGCCCAGGAAGCGCUAGUUCAGAUUUGUGAUGAGAGUUUGCGGGAAGUGGUUCGACUCAAUCUUGGACAUCAAGUCCCCGGGUAUAAAUCGUCGGAGGGGCUACGUGAAACUCUGCAAGCAAUUGAGAGGACCAUUGAGCGAGCGGAUGAGCUUUUUGACUAG